GGACUUCCUGUAAUGCUCACGUGGAGGAAGGAGCACGUGCUGGUGCCGGCAUACGACGUAAAGCGCAUGCGUGAAGACACGGCACCUGAAAACGGAAGUAAAAACUCAGCAGGACGUUUCUUGGAACAAGUUUGCUCUUUCUCGGCUUCUCUCUCAAGCCAACAUGGCAAACGGACGUAUCGAGAUCCACGACCCCUUCGCCAACGGCAACGAGGAAGCUACCUCAGAUGCGGAGAACCUGCAGAACAUUGUGGAGUUCCGCAUCAUGAUGGCGUACGCAAAGAGGCGGCGAGGGAAAGCAGGUGGCGAGUCGUCUUGGAGGAUCCCUGGAUCCCUGGAGGGCCAAAUGGGCUCCUUGGACUCGGGCGACAAGAGCGGAGAAGAGAAGGCAUCUGCCAAGAAAAAGACGAAGAAGAAGAGGAGGUGGAAGCGUCUGCCGGCCAUUUUGAAAUGCAUCAAGCCCGACACGGGCGAAGCUCCGAAAGCGCCCGAGAGAGGAGAUGACAUCUACCGUGACGUAGGUCCUACAGACGGUGACGAGGAGGGGUCGGACGGGAUGGACAUGGUGGUCAGCAGGCUGACGGACAUCGCCGAUGACAUCCCCUUCGCCCCGCCCGAAGUGGAGCCGGAUUCUCCGGAAGAGGACGCCAACUUGGAGAAGCUGAUUGGCCUCUUGCUGAGGGAGUAUGGAGACAAUUUGGACCAGCAGACCAGGGAUCUGGGAGUAGCUUUAAGGGCCACCGAUCUUUUCUGGAACUACGGCUUCUUUGAGAGGUUGAUCCAGACGCUCUUGAUGAGGAUGGGCCUCUUCAACCCUGACCCUGAAGGUCCUGGUCCUCAAACGUCACCCAAGACUCAGAUUGCUGUGGCCUGUGAGGUCACCAGUCGCCUGUCGGCUGCCGACACGCUACCCAUGAACCGCCUGAUGGGGUACGGCGCCACCUACCUGCAGAAUCACUUCUCCUCCUGGGCCAAGCAGCAGGGCGGUUAUGAGGCGGCCUUUAGCUGUGAAGAUCAUGAUGAAGAUGAUGAUGUCCAGUGAUGACCACCAUCUUUGCCAUCGCUGCUACCGAUGCUUGUUUACAUGUUUGUUUACACCUUCUGCAAACACAACAUAUAAGCACAUGUAUGUCUCAGUAUUGGGACUUUUAUGAAAUAUCCUAUUUUGAUAUUGUGACCGGUACGAAUAAAUG